UUGGGAUCGGUGUGUGUGGGUCUUCGUCCCCCUGCUGCUGGAGGGGCGAUGGGGGCCGCGCCGGGCGCGGGCUGGGAGGAAGGCGAGUUCGAGUUCAAGCUGGUGUUUGAGGAGGACCCGGUGCGCACGGCCGAGCCGGACACCGCCGCGGCCGGGAGGGAGGAAAGCGAGGGCACCCUGCUGCAGCUGGACUCCUCCGAGAGCCGCAAUCCGGUAACAGAUAACCACCUGGCUUCCUCCCAUGCUGGACACUCAAUCAGCAUUCCCAGCCCUCCGCUGUCGUCCAAUCAGCGGGCGGGGAUGCACUCCCCGCCCCCUCGACGGGCCCCAAUCAGAGAGUUCAGCGGGACCUACGAGAGCCUCCCCGCGCGCUCUGUACAGGUUUCGGAAUCCCGCGUGGUGGAGUGCCCCAGCAUCCAGAUUACCACCAUCUCCCCCGAGGAUGACCCGGCCCCCGUCGUUCCCAGCUACUGGGACAUGGGCAGCGGCGGGGGGUGGGACAGGGAGCGGCUCUACCUCCCCCUGCUGGACCCCUUUUCCUACCGCGACAGAUGCCCCGGCUCCCUGAGCCCCAGCCCGGCCUCCAGCCCGUCCUCCCGCGGCUGGCUCAGCCCGGCCUCCAGCUGCGACUCCCUGCUGGUGGAGGAGGAGGAGCUCAGCGAGGCCGCCAUGGGCUUCGGUUUCUCGCCGUCCUCGCGGCCCACUUCGCCCGGAGGCAAGAAGCGCAGGAACUCCCCGCUGGCCUCGCCCUGCGCCUCCCGGAGGGGCAGCUACUCGGACGAACUGCACGGCUGCGGCCUGGAGGGCGGCGAAUCAUCCGCCCCGCAGUCACAAGCUCCGCCCAGCAGCUGUGAGCUCAGCAUCCCUCAAAAAACCAGAAAAACGUCACUGGAACAGUUGUCUCCCAGGGAGGUGGAUCCGGAGCAGGCUCCAGGCCACGGCUCCCCCUGCCCGCUGCCAGAGACCCUGCAGACCAGGAGGGAGCUCCCCUCUCAGGGCAUGGACUACCUCUCCGUGCCCCCGGCUCUGGCCUGGGGCCGAACCAGAGCCAGCGCCCACAGCCCUCUGUUCAGGUCCAACGCCCUGCCCCCCCUCGACUGGCCGCUGCCCUCCCAGUUUGAGCAGUACGAGCUGCGCAUCGAGGUGCAGCCCCGCCCACACCACCGCGCCCACUACGAGACGGAGGGCAGCCGAGGAGCCGUCAAAGCCGCCCCGACAGGCCACCCCGUGGUUAAGCUGUGUGGAUACACGGAGAGGAAGCCGCUCUCGCUGCAGGUUUUCGUGGGAACGGCUGACGACCGCUCCAUCCGGCCGCAUCCUUUCUACCAGAUACACAGGGUGACGGGAAAGAUGGUCGGCACUGCCAGUCACGAGAGCGUCCAGGCAGGGACCAAGCUGCUGGACAUCCCCCUCAACCCCGAAAACAGCAUGACCGCUCUCAUCGACUGCGCGGGCAUUCUGAAACUGAGGAACUCCGACAUCGAGCUGAGGAAAGGGGAGACGGACGUCGGGAGGAAAAACACUCGUGUCCGGCUGGUGUUCCGCACCCACCUGGCUCUGGCGCCCCCUGCGGCCCCCCCCGGGCGGGUCUUGGCUCUUCAGGUGGCCUCUCUGCCCAUCGAAUGCUCCCAGCGCUCGGCUCAGGAGCUGCCCGUCAUCGAGUCCGUCAGUCUCACGUCCUGCUCUGUGGAGGGGGGAGAGGAGCUACUGCUGGGCGGUAACAACUUCCUGCCAAUCUCCAGAGUCCUUUUCAUGGAGAGAGGAACAGAUGGUAAAUUACAGUGGGAGGAGGAGGCUCACGUCGACCGCGAAAGCAGCAAUGAGGGUCUGUUGUGUGUGCGGGUCCCAGCCUACAGCGACCUCUCCAUCAGUCGGCCGGUGUCCGUCAGCCUGUACGUCUCUAACGGGAAGAGAAAACGAAGCAGCACCCACUGCUUCAAGUACCUGCCUGUUAUGUUCAAAGAGGAGGAUCCCCUGCUGCACCGGUCCUCUGCGGCCCCCCUAGACGGGGGGACGAUGUGUCCGGUGGGGGCUCCACCCAGGAUGGACCGAGGCUUCCAAAUGUCCGAUGAGCGGGGCCUUGGUUUCCACCUGCCCCCCUACCCCUCCGCCUACUCCCCCCCCUGCCCGCCCAUGAGCUACCACGAGGAGUUCUGCUCCAAACCCGACUCGGCUGUGGAGGAGCCGGCCGGGUCUGAGCGCCACCCCAGUUUCGAGAACCUGGAGCUGGGUUUCACCGAGCUCCUCCCCCCUCUGUACCCCCGCGGCCCACAGCCUCCCUCCCCCUCUCCUUCCCCAUGGCUGGACUCUCCAUACCUAUCCUCCUCCCCCUCCCCCUCCCACUCCUCCUCUCUCAGCCCGUUCCCCACUGGAAGCCCCAUCUCAAACUCGCCUCUGCCCCCCAUCACCACCUCGCCGUAUCCGCAGUACUCUGCUUUCCCUCAGGAGGUGUGUCCCUCCCCCCCAUCCAACCCCUAUCAGGACAUCUGCUCGGCACCUUACUCCUACUACGAGGGCUGGGACCCCCAGGGGAGGGUGCUGGGUGCGGGUCACGGAGGAGAAGGGGAUGCUAAGAUCCAGGAGUGCCCUCUGGAGUUUACCAGCUCUGCCUCUAUGCACCACAUUACCUUUGAAGAAGUGUCCGAGUUCAUCGGAGAAGACAUCCAGUCGUACCAGGGAGGCUCACAAAUGAACAACCAGCCCAACUGAGCUCCGAUUACCCCAAUUUGAUAUUCAGCAUCUUUAUAAAUUCCUUGUGCACUUGGUAUGAAGAUGUUUUGCAGCAGUUAUUGUAACAUUGACAAGAGACACUGUUGUUAUUUCGCCCAGAGGUAACUGUUUUAUAAAGGGAAUUUAAUGUUUUUAACAUGUCUUCAAUAUAAAUUAUACAAGAAACAGUG